GAUUCAGCUAUCAUGUCAAGGAAGCCCAUACUUCACUACUACAAUGCCCGGGGAAGAAUGGAGUCCAUUCGGUGGCUCUUGGCUACAGUUGGAGUAGAGUUUGAAGAGAAAUUUGUCAAAACUCGUGCAGAACUGGACAAAUUAAGAAAUGAUGCAGUAUUGAUGUUCCAGCAAGUGCCCAUGGUUGAGAUUGAUGGGAUGAAGCUGGUGCAGUCCAGAGCCAUUCUCAACUACAUUGCCAACAAACAUGACCUCUAUGGGAAAGACAUAAAAGAGAGAGCCCUCAUUGAUAUGUAUACAGAAGGCAUGGCAGAUUUGGGUGAAUUGGUUCUUCAUCACCCAUACCUUCCACUUGGGGAACAGCAGGCAAGCCUUGCUCAGAUCAAAGAUAAAGCAAGAAACCGCUAUUUUCCUGCCUUUGAAAAGGUGUUGAAGAGCCACGGACAAGACUACCUUGUUGGCAACAGGCUGAGCAGGGCUGACAUUCUCCUGGUUGAAUUUAUCUACUACAUGGAAGAGCUUGACCCCGGUUUUAUCACCAGCUUCCCUCUGCUGCAGGCCCUGCAAACCAGAAUCAGCAGCCUCCCCAGCGUGAAGAAGUUUCUGCAGCCUGGCAGCCAGCGAAAGCCUCCUGUGGAUGAGAAAUGUGUAAAAGAAGCAGAGAUUUUCAGCUAA